AUGUCAGAAGCUCUCGAUCUAUCCUUGCUAAAGGGGACUCCCUCCCAGAGGGAAGAGGUCUCUGCCGCUCUGCUCAAAACGUUGAAAACCCGGGGUGGCGCCAAGUUGAAGAACCAUGGUCUUCCUGACGAACUUAUUCACGGGCUGUUUGACUAUACUCGGAAGUUCUUCGCUCUUUCGCACGAGGACAAGAUGACGGCCAAACAUCCUCCCGAAUCCACGCCCAACCGCGGAUACAGUUACGUUGGACAAGAGUCAGUCUCCAGCAUAAGCGGGUAUGAAAAAGGGCUGUCCCCAGGAAAGGCAAUUCGUGACAUCAAGGUUUUCCACCCUGUACACCAGAAAUUCAGGCUCGUACUAAGAAGACAUCAGGAAACUCUCGACAUGGGCUCAGCAAAUGAUGACAUGGUAGACAACAUCUGGGUAGAAGAGUCCAAGCUCCCGGGGUUCCACAAAUUCAUGGAAGACUUUUACGAAGAAUGCUUUAAAGUCGAGCUCGAGAUCCUCUCCGCCCUAGCAGAAGCACUCGAAGUUCCCCCCGAGCAAAUGACAGCACUGCACAGCCGAGCUGAGAACGAGUUCCGUCUCCUGCACUACCCAUCCAUCAAAGCCUCCGAACUGGCAGAUGGCACUGCGACACGAAUUGCAGAACAUACCGAUUUUGGCACCAUUACCAUGCUGUUCCAGGACUCGGUGGGCGGCUUGCAAGUGGAGGACCAGCAACAGCCGGGUACCUUCCGGAACAUCGAGUCAGCAGACAAGACUGAGAUCAUCUUGAACAUUGGCGAUUCAUUGCAACGUUUGACGAAUGAUACUUUCCGCGCUGCGUGCCACCGCGUUACAUAUCCGCCUACAGUUAAGGUGGGCUCGGACGAUAUCAGUCCUGAGCGAUUCUCUAUCGCGUACUUUGCGAAGCCCAAUCGUACCGCAUCACUGUUUCCCUUCAAAAAGUUUAUUACUCCGUCGACGCCGUGCCGGUAUGAUGAUAUUACAGCGUGGGAUUAUAAUAACCUGCGCAUCGCCAAGUUGUUUGCCCACCAAGGUUAG